CUUCGCGCUCCCGACCCACCCAGUCGGCACUGGAGGGACAGCCCGCAUCACGGUGUCCCCGCCUUGUUCUGGCGUCACAGAAGCGCCCGAAGUGGCGGCCGGCGUCUGCGUCAUCCGACUGCUGCGAGCUGCGCCGGGGAGAGGGGGGUGGAGUAUGUGGCGCCAAGAUCAUGCCUAACCGCGAGGGUGUGCCGGGCUGCGGAGGCCGCCGGGCUUGGGUGGAAGGAAGCAGGGCAGAUGCAAAACCUGGAGAUCACGGGGGCCGGGCGGUCAGUCAGCACCCAGACUGACAGCAUGACCGGUCAAAUACCAAGGCUUUCUAAAGUCAACCUUUUUACCCUGCUCAGUCUCUGGAUGGAGCUCUUCCCAGCAGUCGAAGGCCAAAGACAAAAAUCUCAGGAAAAGGAAGAAGGAAAGUGUGGACAUUUAGGAGAUAAUGAAGAGAUGGCCAGAGUAUCUACUGACAAAAAACAGGUGAAGAAAACUGGUCUUGUGGUGGUGAAAAACAUGAAAAUUGUUGAUCUUCACUGUUCGAGUGAAGAGUUACAUGCUGGGAAAAUUGCUCUUAUAAAACAUGGCUCAAGGCUGAAAAACUGUGAUCUUUAUUUUUCCAGAAAACCAUGUUCUGCUUGUUUGAAAAUGAUUGUAAAUGCUGGGGUUAACCGAAUUUCAUAUUGGCCUGCUGAUCCAGAAAUAAGUUUGCUUUCUGAGACUUCUACUUCUGAAGAUGCAAAGUUAGAUGCCAAAGCAGUGGAAAGAUUGAAAUCAAACAGUAGGGCCCAUGUGUGUGUCUUGCUUCAGCCUUUGGUGUGUUGUAUGAUGCAAUUUGUAGAAGAAACCUCUUAUAAAUGUGACUUUAUUCAAAAAAUGGCAAAAACAUUUCCAGAUACUACAUUUUAUUCCAAAUGUAGACAAGAAAGAAUAAAAGAAUAUGAACUGUUAUUUUUUGUUUCAAAUGAAGAACUACAUAAGCAGAUUCUGAUGACUAUAGGUUUGGAGAAUCUAUGUGAAAAUCCAUAUUUUAGCAAUCUAAGGCAAAACAUGAAAGAUCUUAUUCUACUUUUGGCCACAGUAGCUUCCAGUGUGCCCAACUGUAAACACUACGGAUUUUAUUGUGACAAGACUGAACAGAGUAAUGAAAUUCACAAUCAGAGUUUGCCACAAGAAAUUGCAAGGCACUGCAUGGUUCAGGCCAGGUUAUUGGCAUAUCGAACUGAGGAUCAUAAAAUAGGAGUUGGAGCAGUCAUUUGGGCAGAAAAACAAUCUCAAAAUUGCGAUGGGACAGGCAUGAUGUACUUCAUAGGAUGUGGUUAUAAUGCUUUUCCUGUUGGAUCUGAGUAUGCUGACUUCCCAAACAUGGAUGACAAACAGAAAGACAGAGAAAUAAGGAAAUUCAGAUACAUUGUCCAUGCGGAACAGAAUGCCUUGACCUUUAGGUGUCAAGAAAUAAAACCAGAAGAAAAAAGUAUGAUUUUUGUGACAAAGUGCCCAUGUGAUGAGUGUGUACCUUUAAUUAAAGGUGCAGGCAUAAAACAGAUCUAUACAGGGGAUAUGGAUGUUGGAAGAAAGAAGGCAGACAUCUCUUACAUGCGAUUUGGAGAACUUGAGGGUGUUAGCAAAUUUACAUGGCAACUGAAUCCAGCAGGAACUUGUGUUCUUGAACGAAAUGAGCCUGAAAGCAGAGAGAAUGGUGUGGUGCGACCCAUCCCUCCGAAUGAAGAAAUGCACCCACACAAGAAGCUGUGUCUUGGAAACCACUAAGGAGACCUGUCUGAACUGGAGUGAAGACGUCAAGAAUUUUCAUUGCACUUUAAAAAGUCAGCCUCGUUAACUCAGACAAUAAGGGUGGAUUUUGCAAAUAGUUGAAAAGAAUCUGGGAAUGCUAAUUUAUUACUAGCAUAUGAAUGACAGUAAUGAUAAUAUUUUGAGAUUUGUUUUCCAGAAUAUAGUUCUGUGCUCUUUUAUUACACUAAAUGGGGUACCAGUAGUAGAGGCAUAGUGAGACCAGCUUGAUUCCCACAGGGAUUGAUUUCUCCCUGUUUGCUUUAUAUUCGCCAGUCUAAAUGGGGGUGUGGUUCACUGGAGGUCACAUCUCAGCAGAGAAAUACACAUCUUUUAAGAAACAUUAAUUCCCUUGGAUUACAAUGGUGACAAUCAAUAAAAUGCUCCAAGGAUUUUAUUUUAAACAACCUGGCCAUUUUAUUUUAAGUAUGUUUUUAUUGAUUUUAGAGAGAG